AGAAAAAAAAAAGGCGCCCAGAAACACAGAAACAGCCCCUAUUUAAAUAAUAGACCUGGGCCGCCGGGAACAAAAAUCUUCUUGAUCGGCCUGGACCAACGAGAUCAGGAUAAUUAGAACAUAUCCCUGGGCUCAAGAUGACAGCCUCACCUGUGGAGAAGAAGUAUGACUUUGGCGGACCGUAAGUUUCUCCCCCGGCUGGUUAUAUUUUAUAUGUCCUUAGGUUGGCUGAUUCCUGCAGACCGGGUGCAGCAGCCAUAACAUUUGGCCUUCCGGUGCUGCUGCUCUUUUUUGCAUUCGGGUGUAACGAUGUGACUGGCUGUCCGGUGCCGUCACUGCUGUACCCGAAGACAUUUACCUGGGAGCAGUUCAAGCUGGAGAGCGGAUGGCCGGCCGGUGGCAUCUGGGACCUUUUCAGCUGGAAUGUUACCGCUGUCAUGCUGGGCUACUAUCUGGUCAGCUUGGUCCUGUGGAAAUUUCUACCUGCGCAGGAGAUCAAGGGGACGAAGCUCGUUCACCAUGGGAAAGCAUUGGAUUACCGUUUCAAUGCGUUCUCAUCAAGUAUUGUACAUUUGGCUGUGUGUGCCGUUGGAACAUACUUCCAGGGCGCCAAUUUCUUCGUCUGGACGUAUAUCACGGACAAUUACGUGCAGCUGCUCACGGCCAACAUUGUGAUAGCCUAUGCAAUCUCUGUCUACGUCUAUCUCAAGAGCUUCAGUGUGGAUACCAAUUAUCCUAACAAGGAUCUGCGCGAGCUCGCUAUCCGUGGAAAUACAGACAAUACCAUUUAUGACUUUUAUAUCGGCCGCGAGUUGAAUCCUCGAGUCACUCUUCCGCUUUUCGGUGAAGUGGAUCUGAAGACCUGGCUAGAGCUGCGUCCAGGCCUUACCGGCUGGGUCUUGCUGGAUCUCGCAUGUGUCGCAAAGCAAUAUCGUACUUAUGGCCAGUUGUCGGAUAGCAUUGUCUUUACGGCCUUCGUGCAGACGUACUAUGCUCUUGACGGCCAGCACAAGGAAUCGGCCAUCUUGACUAUGAUGGACACUACCACCGACGGACUUGGAUUCAUGCUCACGUUUGGUGAUAUUGUCUGGGUUCCGUUCCUAUACUCAACACAGUGCCGCUAUCUCUCCGUAUAUCCGGUACACCUUGGUUGGGGGGGCGUCGCAAUUGUCAGUGCCGUGUUUGCUCUGGGCUUGUACAUCUUCCGGGCGUCAAACACCCAGAAGAACGUCUUCCGCACACGCCCAGAUGAUCCAAGUGUGGCUGGACUAUCUUAUAUCCAAACAAAGCGAGGAACCAAGCUGUUGACAUCUGGAUGGUGGGGUAUAUCCCGCCAUAUCAACUAUUUUGGUGACUGGUUGCAGGCUUCUCCCUUCAGCUGGCCUACGGGUUUAGCCGGUUACAUGAUCUUGCCAGCCGGGAGUGCUGCUGCUGCUGCUCAGACAUUCACCAUGUUGGAUGGCAGGGAGGUAGUUCAGGGGGAAGCGAAGGGCUGGGGUAUUGUUUUUACGUACUUUUACGUGCUUUACUUUGCCAUCCUGCUGAUGCAUCGUGAACGACGUGACGACGGGGCAUGCUUUAAGAAGUAUGGCGAGGACUGGAAUAGGUACAAGGCUAUUGUCAAAUGGAGGAUUCUACCAUGGGUUUACUAGAUGGAUGUCGGCGGGAUCAGGUUUAGACUUGGAGUAAUACAGCGAGUUAGAGAUUGGUUAACUAUAUAAUGCAUGUAACAUAAUUGUCUAUGAAGCACACUUUCAAUCGUAUACCCCCUGUAUUCAUAGACCAUACCCCGUAUGUAGCUAACAAUAGAUCUAUGAAAAACAUUUUAACAUUGUAAUCUCGCCAUGCUCUACAUACGUCUUUUCGAGCAUCGUUCUUGUCAUAGGCCUCGAUAUCUGAUAUCAUCAAGCUCGCAGCCCUGUCUCCUUGACCCUGUAGCCGUUGGUGACACCCUGAUAUUCAUGCAUAAAAUGACCGGCACGACGGAUAAGAACAAGCUCAAGCUUUGGCCCCUUACAAGCCA